AAAUAAUACGAAAACCAAAAUAACAAAAGACCAAAACUUUUAAAACAACGAAAUUGUGCCAAAAGAAAAAAAAAAUAAUAAAAGUGAAAAAAAAAACACCUACCAAAAUAAUAGUAAGCGGAAAAAUCGUCGAUAUUUUCUGUGCAAAUUCGUACAAACCAAAAUCGCGCGCGCGCGCGCGUUAAACAGCUGCUCUUUUAUGCAAGUGUUGUAUGCUUUGCUUUGAGAAUUUCGAAUUCGACGCUUCAAGUGCUUUAUGUGUGACACACUGCGCAAUCCACACAAAUUUGCAAGUAAAUAGCGAUAAAAAUAGGAAAAGAAGCAACAAGAAAGCGUUAAUAUUACGAAAAUACAAUAAAGCAACAACAACAAAUGUGUUUCUUCUUUUUUUUUGCAAAACGGAAUUCAGUAACGAGCUAAACGCAGUGCCUGUAGCAUCUUCAGCUAAUAGUUGAAGCAGCUUUUCAGCCAACAAACAAAAAAAAAAACGUUUUUCACGAAAAAACAACGACAAAUAAAUAAAUCACAAUCAAAACACUUGGCACUAACUGCAUUUAACAAAAAAAGAAUAAAAUCAAAAAUAUAAAGAAACCACAGAAAUACACAGUAUUGCGCUGAAAGAGAACAUCAUUAAAGUAACGAAAACGAAACAAAAAAAGUUAAAAUCGAAAAAUUAAAAUAAAAAAAUAUUAACAGAAAAAAGCAACUUCUUUGGAAUUUCAAAUACAAUACAAUAAAUUUGGGAUUAACCAGCUGCAUUAAUCGCCUCUUCGGUGUCGGCAUCAACGGAAAUUGCUGACUAAAUGUGGUUUUUGCCUUGCAUUUUUUUGUUGUGAAACGGUAAAAAACCUCAAGUGUUGAGCAGCGUGCAGUUUUACAUACUCAUUCAACAACAUUUCACAAGCGAUUUGCCGUUCAAGCCAUAUACACGCGCUCACAACACAUACAUAAACGCACACAACAGAUAAGGCUCACCCACAACGCGACGGCAUAGCGCUGCAUAAUGCAUUCACUCGCCAAAAGAAACGGUGGUCCAACUAAACUAUGUACCCUUGUAGCGGUAUUACCAUUAUGAAUCACCUUGUGACGUGCACGUGAAUCAUUUAGAUUUAGCGAGGAGUGAAAUAUUUUUGUGGCAUAUUCUCUCCCCUUCCCCCUUAUAGGUUUUGUUGUUUUUAACUCAUUAAAAUAACAAAUAUUCGUGAGAAUUUGUGUUCUUGAAAAGUGCAGAAAGCGCAGCAGCUGCUCAAGAGUCGAGAGCGUGUGUGGAAGUGUAGUUGGAGGAAGAUUGAAGUUGAUCUUUGGUCUUCGCAAAGAGUGGUCGUUUAAACGUCGCACAAAAUCAAGUCAAGAGUUUACAGAGCAGCAGCAGCAGCAGCAGCAGCAGUAGCAAGGCGCUGGUGAAUUUUUAUCGCGUGAACGUGAUGGCAUCAAAUCUGAGUUUGUUCGUGAAAUUACUCUUCCUGCUACUGAUGUUGGCGCGAACACCGACCAUCGACACACGACCCGCCGCCAGUACAGCACCCGCAGUCGAUCUUAUAGCCGGGAAUGAGUUUCUCAAGCUCUUUCUCGAACGUGAGGAGACACAGCGCGGGCUGCACAGCGGAGAGCACGUGGAAAAUGCACAUCGCGUAGUGCAAGGCGUGGCGGCACAAAGUGAUAGUCGUAGCAAUAGUAGUAGCAGAGAGCUUGGCAAGGGGCUGACUGGGGUAGACAAGUCAUCUGUGAACAGUGAGACAACUACAACAGCACGUAGUCUGAACUACAAAAGUAGGCGCAGUGUGCAAAACGAGGCAACAACGGUCAAAUCAACUGCGGCAGAGGGCAAGCAGUUGGUCAAGCUGGUGACGUCAGGCAGUAAAAUUGUCUUCCUCGAAGAGUACGAUGACAAUGACGCCAUUGUGGAUGCGGUGGCGCGGGAGAUUGAUAUAAAAAAAGAAAAUUUCGAAUCACCACUGAGUCAGCGGAAGUCCAAGGUCGACGCCGCGCAUAUAGAGCAAAUGGAUAAGAAUUCCAAACUCAGCGAUGAAGUCAAGGUGAUCGCAGUGAGCGUGUCAUCGUCGAGUAAACGUGGUGGACGUAUCAGCCGCAUAGGCAAUCAAUACCACACACCUGACACAAUUAUGUCAAAGCAAAGCAAUCAAUUAGGUGAGACGCGUGCGUCAAUGCGCCACACGUUUACCACCAAACAAACACCACAUGAGAACAAUGUCGACAAAAGUCAAAGCGACGUCGCAGUCAUGCCCACCCUGAAGUUGACUCUAACCACAACGCCAGCGACAGCGCCAAUGAGUGCGUCUGUAUCUGCGUCCUCAGUAAUGGACGAUUUCGUGAAUCGUUCUCACAAAAGCGAACUCUCCAUUGAGGAAGCCGAACCGUUGACAAUGUCUCCGCAAAAACUGCGCGCCGCACAGCAUGCUGCACGCGUCAAUGCGCCUCGAUCACUGCACACGCCACAUGCCGUGAGCGGACGUGCAGUGAAAAUGGCUGGCAGCCGCGAUGAAGCGGACUCGGAGAAUAGCGCUUCGACGAAUAUACAAAACGUGUUGGCCGCACCAUUAAUGCAGUCCGCUUCAACACGCACCGCCGCCGUAACUGCGCCAGCUGCUUAUCAAAGUGGUAACCGCAAUCGCAAUGGCACGUCCUCGCCCAUAAAUCACAACAGCGCAACGACGGCAGCUCAUCGUGCACUUGUCAACACACAAAUUAGCGCUGAUGAUGAUGUUGGCGAUGAUCACACGACCGCCGAUACACAUAUGCAGGGCACGUCCAAUGGUGCGGCUCCCGGCGUCACACCUGCAGAAGACGACAUGGAGGAAAAAUUGUUGCCCUUCCAAACGGUAAUCUAUCACAAUACGAAAGAAGGCCACGGUCCGCAAUCUCGCUCGAUAUCUUAUAGUUCGUUAUCGCAAAAUGUUGAAGAUUUGCAUGCGUGGCGACAUUCGGGCAUUUUGGCUGAGGCACAACGUAAUGUUAGCGAGAGCUUGAAACCUCUACAGUCUGCACAAUUGUCGCGCUCCUCAGAGCCGGCUAAAUUCUAUUCCGUGCCAUCGAAAAUGUAUAGCGAGCCAUCGAAGUUCUACUCCGAGCCGGCCAAAGUUUAUUCAGAGCCUGCUAAAGUCUAUGGGGAACCAGAGAAAUUUUACUCUGAACCGGCCAAGGUAUACGGCCAACCGUCUAAAUUUUAUUCAGAGCCCGCUAAAGUCUAUUCGCAGCCGGCUAAGGUGUAUGGUGAGCCGGCGAAAACUUAUUGGUCGCCGAGCGGCGUUGGCGCUACUGCUACAACGACCACCAGCUCUACAGCGAAUACACCGGCAACUACAACUACUACCUUACGACCUGGCCGUUAUAUGCCUUCACGUCGCCCGGCCAUUGUCUCUCGCAUAGCUUUCGGCGAGGCGCAAACCUCAACAACACCGCCACCAGCAGUGGUUGUGGAUGAACACGUACCAGCCACAAUGGCAGUGCCUCCUAAUCACCAUCACCAACAACAACAUCAUACGCAUCAUCAACAGCCCACACGUUUUCAUCCGCACACCCAAAGCCACAGCCACAGCCACAGUCACAAUCACAAUGCGCAUAACUCGGCACAUAAUGGCGUUCAUGACGGACGCAGCUCAACGGCGCAUACCCAUGCCAACAGUCAACCAACCGCAUCAGCACAACCUGCUCCAGCUCAAUCACCAUCUUCACAAUCACAGUCACAUUCGGCGGGGCAAUCACAACCACGUCGGGUACUCUUCAACUUGGAUAAAUUGCCAUAUGAUUUAUUGAAUGCCCCACAACAAUCACCGCAACAUCUCUUGGAUCCCGACUUUCCACACAGCCCACCGGCAGCAGUUACCUACUCGUCGCCACGACAACGUCAGUGCUUGGAGUCCGCCUUCUCAGCGUCGUUGUCUCAAUCAGCUUUGCAGCAGCAACAACAAUUGCAGCUACAACGUCAACAUUCAUCAUUGUCGGAGCAACAUUCUAAUCAAAAUGCCAAAGGAUUGCCUAAUAGAGAUCUAGUCAAUUGUGUUUCCAAAUAUCAACCGUCAACAGCGACAACGGAAGGCGCCAACGCCGGCGACGCGAACGAUGAUGACGACAAUAACAAUAAAAACAACAACGACGAAGGCUUGUACACACCGACCCCAGAGCAGAAUUACGAAAUUGAAGAGUCCGUAAGUGUUAUGACAAACGGACGAGCCCACGGUGUACAAGGCAAUGCAGCAGUGACUACAACAGCUCGACCAACAUUUGCAAUGCGCACAACAAAAUUUCCUAGUCGCGGCACCAUAACACACCAUCAUCAUCAUCAUCAGCAGCAGCAGCAGCAGCAAAAUCAUUAUUAUGGCAACGCCAACCCGAAUCCGAAUCUAGACAACAACUAUGAUGAUGAUGAUGAAGAGAAUGGGCCAAAUGGCAACAACAACAAUAAUAACAGUGAUGAUGGUGUGGUUGCGGAUGGCAAUAAAACCGGUAAUGCUGAUGAUGAGGAUGCCAAGGUGGCCUAUGUCGUCGAGGGACGCAACUAUCGCAAGUAUCGCGUGGAGGAGAAGACCGAUGACGGUUUCAUUGUUGGCGAAUAUGGCGUGGUGGACCAUAACGAUGGUAAUUUGCGUGGCGUGCGUUACACCGCUGAUUCGACCAUCAAUCGUAGUCUGAUACAAAAGGCGUUGUUGACAUUUCUUAAGCUCAAAUAAGCGCCGCAGUCUAAAUGCAAUGCAACGUAAGUGGCGUACAAUGAGUUGGUGUAUAGUAUGGUCGUGGUGUUACGGUGGACAGGGUAAUAGGAUUGUAACAGUUUGCUUGACCAUUCGGCAAACGGCAGUAGGCGCAUUGUGGUGGCGUAUGUUUAUAAGUAGUUGUAAUUGUAGGCGGCUUUGUACAGCUCAUAGUAAUGUGCGACUACGCAAAGGCGGCAAUGUGGUGCAACCAAAGCGUUCUAAAGGCAAGCACAUUUCGUUUCUUUUCGCUGGGAAGAGACAUUGAGAGAUUGAGCGUGCAAAGUGAGGUUAAAGUGAAUUUGAAUUUUUCGACAUUCCGGAGAUGCUUCAGCAAAAUACAUUAUAUGCCGCUAUAAGCCAAAGCCGACAGCCCGGCAACGCUGUGCACCGCCUUUAUACUCGUAUGUUUGUAUUGUAUGUAUGUAUGUAGGCAGUGAGUCGUUUAAGCACAAAGUAUUUCUUGUCUAUUCCUCGUGAAUUAUUCAGCACUUUUUUAUUAUUUUUAUUUUA